AUGUCCAACAUCUUGAUACAAGCCUCUAAACAUCAAUACUAUAGAGUUUCGGGGAUUUUGAUGGCCUGUAAAAUUCGGAUGCAUUUAGCAGCAUUUGUCGAUUUUCAGAUACUGGAAAAGAAUUCCGAACUGGGAGGAACUUGGCAAGAAAACCGAUACCCAGGCUGCGCAUGCGACGUCCCAAGCCACUGCUACCAAUUCUCCUUUGCACCAAAUCCAGACUGGUCCCGGAUGUAUGCAUCUUCGUUUGAGAUUAAAAACUAUCUCAAAGCAGUUGCCAGGCGAUUCCGUCUGGACGAAAGCAUAUCGUAUAACCGCAAAGUGGUGUCGGCAACCUGGUCUGACGACACAAGCACCUGGACUGUCCAGACGAGCCAUGGAGACACUAUAGAGUCCGAAAUUCUCGUCAACGCAGGGGGCAUCUUGAACAACCCACAAAUGCCAAACAUAGAGGGUCUGGAUACAUUUACCGGGCCAACUGUACACACUGCCGCGUGGGACUCGUCCGUCCAUCUUGAGGGCAAGACCGUUGCCAUCAUUGGAUCUGGCGCAAGCUCCAUCCAAGUGCUUCCUCAGCUCCAGGCCAAGUGCAAGCAUAUCAACGUGUAUAUCCGCACGCCGUCUUGGAUCUGCCCGCCGGUUGUUGUACCCAAUGCCGGCAACAGCAAUUACACCUACCAAGACGAGGAGAGGGAAUUGUUCAGGGAGGAUGAAGGACAUUACAUCCACUUGCGGAAAGACAUCGAAUCGCGGUUUAAUAGCAUGUUUGGUGCAUUUUUCAAGCUAAACCCAGAGCAACAGGAUAUGCGGAAUCGAUUUGAAGCGCGCAUGAGAUGUAUUAUAAAAGAUGAGGAGCUGCAAAGGCGACUUAUCCCGUCCUUUGAGGCUGGAUGCCGCCGUAUCAACCCGGGGGAGCAGUACCUUAUUUCCAUCCAGGAACCCAAUGUUGAGCCUGUUUUUGACCCAAUUCAACGGGUGACACCAACCGGCAUCGUUGCGGGAGGAGUGGACUAUCCGGCCGAUGUCAUAGUCGCGGCAACAGGGUUCAAUACAAGUUUCCGACCGAGGUUCCCCAUCAUCGGCCGGAAAGGACUCAACUUACAGGAUAUAUGGGGGAAGGAUCCAAUCUCGUACUUUGGAACCGGUGUCUCUGGCUUCCCAAACUAUCUCGUCUACUUGGGCCCGAAUACACCCAUUUCCAAUGGCAGCCUCAUGGGGCCGUUGGAAGCAACAAGUGACUACUUUAUUCGUCUUCUCCAACGAAUGAUUAGACAUGGCGCGCUCGCCUUUGACGUACACCCAGGUGCGCAAGAAGAUUUUGACAAGCACACCAAGAGUUUCAUGAAAGGAAUGGUGUGGACGGGCACAUGCCGCAGCUGGUUUAAGCGGGCAGACGACGGCAAGGUGACGGCUCUGUGGCCAGGAAGCUCGCUCCAUUACAUGCAGUGCCUUGCCGAGGACCGAUGGGAAGAUUACGAAUGGAGGUACGACAGGGAGCGCUUUGCGUACUGGAAAAAUGGCUUCUCUUGGAUCGAGAGACCUGGCGCGGAUCAAAUGGGGCUGCAAGCACAGCGGUCAAUGGAAGCCAUGACGACUCUGCCGCGCAGCACGUCGGAUUUGGCCUUUUACAUAGGCAAGGCGGAAAACCUCUCGCCGUGGGAAAUGUCAUCAAACGGCGAGAGUCCUGUUGACAGCAUCGAGAACAUCAAGUCUGCCGAGGCAAAGAGCCUGGGAGAGCACGAUGGUCUCGCUAGAGACGAGGAGGUAGCUGCUGCUGCGGACCACUUUUGUAUCACGGUCCCAGUUUAG